CAGCACCUCUCGACAGCAAUAACACUUUUAUCUAAUUCCAAAAGUGGCAUGUUUUACACAUCAAGAGCUUUCGUUCAUCACUUUAUCUCAUAAAGUCUUUUCCUUCUCAAAUAAGUUACACAACCCACAUUAUACACGCUAAACUAAUCGCGCCACGCCGCGUCAAAGCGUGUUAAGCUGUACAGCAUGAGCUUCAACAGCAUAAACCCUGGGAACCAAAGCAAAAAGACCCACCACACCCUCUUACCAUCACAUAUCACUCGCUUUGGUUCCGUCUCAGACAGUCUAGAGUCAGAGGACCCUCUAGCCAGAGAUGCACCAACAAGAAGUCAUAGCCAAAGCCCGGUUAAGCAACAUCCAGGUUCCUUGACCCCAAGUGGUAGGUCAAGUCUCGCUGUCGUUCUCACGCGGUCACCAGCGCAUCUCGAAGCCUACAGAGGAGUCAGCAUCGAUGAGGAAGAUGGCUUUGAUGCCCCGGUCACGUCAGAUCUUACUCCACGGGGAAGACCAAAGUCGUUAUUCAAAGCAGUCAACGCUCUGAAAACGUCGAGUCCAGGUGGUACACAGACGGGAGUUUCCAGCGAUGCAACGUCUACAACACCAGCGCGAGGAAGAGGGAGACCUAAAGGCUCAACGAAUAAAUCAAAGGGUCUACAAACAGCAGCUGGAGCUCGACAGGCCCGACAAGCUGCUACUAAGCCGCGGCCUCACCCCAAUGGCUUUCCAAAACGAAGAGGCCGACCACCAAAGCAACCUUCUCCUCCUCCAGAGACCAUCUACUAUCAAGUGGAUGCACCAAUCUUCCCGUUUCUGUGUGAGUGGAGAGACUGCAAGGCUGAACUACAUAACCUCGAAACUCUCCGACGGCACGUUUAUAUCAUCCACGGUGAUGAUGUCAACUGCCUGUGGGGAGAGUGUGGGAUGUUGGAGAAACCAUCCGAGUUUGAGACGGACGCGGGGUUUAAAGAGCACAUCGAGGAGGCGCAUCUAGUGCCUCUAUCGUGGCACUGCGGUGAUGGGUUUAAUAAUAAUCUUGGUGAGCGGAGUUUGCCGAACACAGCAGAGGAUGUACCAGAUUAUCUCAAGGAUGAACACGGGAACCAGGUCACUCCCUCGAUACGAGAUCAGCAGGAAGAAGAUUUGUUUACGUGGAGAAAGAACCGGCGGAAACUCAAGGAGCUGCUCAUUCGUAUGAACGACAACCUCCCCGAUGAGUCAGACGAAGAAAUGGGAGUUGAGAGACAAGCAGUUUGAGGGGUUCAGAGAGGUUGGUUAACAGAAUUGAGUGCAAGUCCGGCUCGGGUCUAAUGCAAAGCGAUUUUAUGAUUCAAGGUUACCUUUUGGGUAUUGAUGGUCCUGAAGUUUCGUUCCGUGAGGGUGACCUUGAUGUCUUGCUAUCAGUGGCUUGUGAGAGGAGCUUUUGCCCAGAGAAACAUGUGGAGAGAUGUCUCAUCCCCGCGUUUGAUGAGGUGAUGAUGGUGACCGUCAUUAUGCUUAUACGAUUACACGUGAAAAGAAGCUGCCGUUUGAUUGGAGCUCCUGAACAGUUGAGUACUAGAGGCGAAAUUAUCAGCCACAGCUGCGAGCUUCUCAAACUCGAUUUUCCUGUGUUGAGAUCUCUCAAAUGAGGCUGAACUUGCG